GUUGACAUUGUGGACAUCUACGAGUCUAUCCGUGAAAGGCAGUGUCAUGACAGUGAAAGGUCUACCUGCAGCACCUUGGAGCAGAAUGACAUUGAAGCUGUUGAAGCACUUGUUUAUAUGAGCUCCUGGGGUCAAAGAUCACAGAAAGGUGACAUAUUAAAGAUACGGCCACUUACGCCCUUCUCGGAUUCUGGUGAUUUCACAAUGCACACUGAGGCUACGUCUGAACUACCAAAGGACUAUUUAUCUACACUGUGCAUGACCCCUCCGCACAGCCCAGACUUUGUUGAGAUAUCAGCUGCUGUGCUCUCCUCACAAGUCACUUACUCCAAACCCAGGACUGUCAUGGCAAGUACAGCUGCCUGCUCAGUCACAUCCACAACUGGUGCCUCUCCCAUAACCAAGCCUUCUGUUAUCAACAUGGAGCAACAGUGCAGCCAGAAGCCAGUGAUAUCCGAAUCCUCUUCCCCUCAGCCUUGCAGGGCCAUGGCAACAAGUGUGAUACGUCACACAGGUGAUAGUUCUGCUUACCAUCACAUUCCGGCUGUCCAAGAGAAAACAGAGGUAACUUCAGGCUACAGCACUUCCAGAAACUGGUGUGGAGUGGAUGACCGAAGACAUUCCAGACUGUCACAGGACACAUGUGCCGCAGAUGAUUUAAUUAACAAAACCUCUCCAAUAUAUCAACCCUAUGCACGUGACUCCAGUGAUAUCGUGACCAAUAAAGGACAACUACCAGUCCGGCCCAUUUCACCGCAGAUGGACUUACCAAAGAAUUGUGAGAGUGACUUGCAAAAAAGAGCUACUUCAGUGACACCUGCCCCCGUUUCAAGCCCCCAGGUUCUCUGUCAAAUGAUCCCUUUAAAUGGACAAAGCAGUAUGAUCAAUGCCUAUGUCAAGCCUUCAACUCCAACAGUCUCAACUCGAAUGAAACCCAUUUUACCACAGACAGCCCCACUCCCUCAGCCUGUACUCAUGGGCCCUUCCGUGCCUCAGGGGACCGUCAUGUUGGUUCUUCCACAGACUGCUGUCACGCAGAGACCGCAGUGCCCGCAAACAGUAAUGACUGUUGGGAACACCAAGUUACUGCCCCUUGCUCCUGCUCCUGCCUUCAUCACUUCCGGUCAAAGCUGCGCCCCCCAGACGGACUUUUCUAGACGGAGAAAUUAUGUUUGCAACUUCCCUGGGUGCAAUAAAACUUAUUUCAAAAGUUCCCACCUCAAAGCCCACCUUCGCACCCACACUGGAGAAAAGCCUUUCAGCUGCAACUGGGAAGGCUGUGACAAGAAGUUUGCCCGCUCAGAUGAACUGUCACGCCACCGGAGAACUCACACAGGAGAGAAGUUGUUUGCUUGUCCUGUGUGUGAGCGUCGCUUCAUGCGCAGUGAUCACUUGACAAAGCACACCCGCCGCCAUAUGACUACAAAGAGGAUCCCCAGAUGGCAGAGGGAGGUUGGCAAACUCAACAGAAUUGCCACAGCAGAGAAACCUAAAAGCAGCAGUGCUCUGAGUAAGCUCAUCCCAGUGCCAUCAUCUGUCUGUCAGGGCUAA